CUACGUUUGAAAGCAUGGUCUUCUCCACACCGAAACCAGUUCCGAGACAGUUUCCCCUCCCUUCUCUCUCCUCCCUCCCUCACUCUCCAGGCAAUGGCGUUGCUCGGCGACGACGGCCGUGGCUACGAGCUCGCUCGGAAGCUCGACAGCCACGGCGUGUGGCGGUCGUGGCUCGGCGACUCACUCUACCCCAGCUUCGUCAUCUUCCUGUCGUCGCCCUCCUCAUGGGAAGCCUUCAUGAGAGCCGACGAUUCCAAAUCUAGGGCUCAAAUCCAACUCCAACUCAGAGCUCGUGCCCUCCUCUUUGACAAAGCCUCCGUCUCUCUCUUCCUGUCUUCUUCCUCUUCUUCUUCGACCCCGGUUUCCAAGCUCAAUCCAAACUAUUUGCAGUUGCAUGGGGACGAUGUCUACUUCACUUUGGAAGAUUAUGCGCAAGAGAGAGACGGCGUUGUUGCUACGAAGACGGCGGCGGCGUCUAAGCUCCCAACUAAAGCAGGCAUCAGUACUGGAUCAAGGUAUGGUGAAAAAGAUACGGAUGUUAUGUCCCAGAAAUUUAGGCAUGAUGAAUUGCCAGAAACAUGGUACGCUCAUUUUUUCGAGAAGUAUAGAGCUACUAAACCAUAUAGGUUAUCAAUUGUGGACCGGGAAACAGACAGACGCACACCUGAGCAGAUGUGUACCUAUCUCAGAAUUCUUGACAAGCAUAAGAGAAGACGAGUAGCAUUUAAAGAAGAUGAAAUCAAUGGUUUUGGUAAUCGCAUGCCGGAAAAUGCGUCAAACAUGCUCCAAAACUCAGCUAUAAUAGACAGUGAUGCAAUUGACGACGAGACCUAUCUUUUCCCUGAAAUGAUGUUUCCGUUGAACUGUGUCCCUGAUAGUGCGCUUCCAUCCACAAUCCGAGUCCAAGAAAACCAUAAAGUGGAGUUUAAUGGUGUUCUUGAUACCUUACCCCAAGUUAUGACUAGGAACCCUAUUAUGAUUGAGAGGCUUGGUAUUCGACCAGAAUUACUUGGCAUGGAACAGAGAGGAAAUCAACGACGUGGAAGAAAUGGAUCUGAAGGAAACAAGAAACUUCUUGGUCAAGAACAAGCGUCAGAGUUGACUAGAAAGGUAAUAGCUCGUAUGCUAUCAAAUGUGGGGUUUGAAGCUUCCUCAGAAGUCUCAAUGGAGGUUUUAUCUCAGUUGCUGAGCUGUCAUAUGUCUAAGCUAGGCCAUAUCUUGAAAGUCCUUGCUGAUAGUUACAGAAAACAGUGCUCAGCCGUUGAACUACUAAAGAUGUUUCUUCAAACAGCGGGGUAUAGCAAUCUUGGGCCUUUGGCAGAGCUUGUGAAGGAUAGUACCAGGAAUUCUCAGCAACAUUCUCAGCAACAAAUGCAGGUUAUCCAGUCACAGAUGCAAUCACAUCAACAGGCUUCCCUUCGACAAUCUCAGCAUAUACAAAGACAAAUGCAUCCCCAGAUGCAGCCACAGCAGCAGCAGCAGAUGGUUCACCCCCAAAACCUGGCUUUCCAGCAACAGCAACUUAUGCGAAGGCGCCAACAAGUCAAUCCUCGCCCUGGCAUGAACGUAAAUAUGGAGAAUGUUAGACCCCUUGUGGAAGUCAAGCUCGAGAACCCGUCCGAAUUCCCGAUGGAUAGUAAUCCCUUCGGCACAAUGAACGCUAGACAUCCUCAAAUGCAACAGUUUCGGCAACAGCAGCAAAUUGCUGCGUUGUCAAAUUUCCAUCCUCAGCCCACUACUCAGUUUAGGCAAUUGGCUUCCGCUCAAAUUCCUCAAGUUCAGACACCGAAUAUGAGCACUGUUAGGGCUCAACCCGUGAAGGUCGAAGGCUUUCAGGAAUUGAUGGGUGGGGAUGCUUCACUAAAGCAUGAUUCAGAGGAAAAUAAGUUGACUUCUCCUUCAAAGUAAAUGGUGCACGGACUGAUUGAAAAUUUUACCGAUAUUAACAUCCAGGUUACCCUUGUACCAAUAAUGCACUUCUGUUCUCCAAAUUUUCGGGCUGGGUGUUGUAGAUAUUAGCUUCUCUUUUUGUAUUGUUCUUUAGUUUAAAUUAUGUGUAUAUCACGGAUGAAAGGAUGCCUUCCUUCCGGAAGGUGGAACCUUUUCCUGCUAUUUUUCAUUAUUAUAUACGUUAGGUGAACCUGUUUUGUUGUAGUUUCUUGUUUAUAUGGUUGAUGAUGAAUCUUUUAUUGGAAAAAGACAAUGUUUGGUGAAUAGUCGUCAUAGAUAUAUUACUGGGUUCACUCUGAAUAGUACCUUUUUUAAAA